AAUUAGUAAGCUUUAUUAGUACCACUGGUGUUAAUUAGCUGAUGGUAUGUGCCAGUGUACAGCUGCAGAUUCAGCGUGUGCAGGUAGCUGCAGUGUCCAGGUGAAUCAUGGCUCGAACUGGGUUUUGUGAUUCCAGGCAACUGUUGGACCUCCAUAUGACUGACGACAGACUAGCGCCCCUGCGGACGCGGGCAAACUCCUGUGUUCUGAGGGAGCGCAAGGUGUUUGCUGAAGGAGAGGAGGUGGGACCCGGGCAGCACUACAAACCUGCACAGGAGAGUCGAUGGGUCCGAAGGAUUCCCAUAUCUGCAGAGGAUGGGAUCAUAAUGGACUACGCUCCACAGGAUGAGUCAGGACCUUCAGAUGUCUAUGAAGAGGAGGCUUUGGUGAAGUAUCUGAACAGGUUGCCAGGUCCAACUAGUCUGCGAGAACUGAUGCCUGAGCUUCUGCGCAGAGAAGUGGAAGUAGCCAUCAGUAAGCUGGGGCUCCUCUAUGACAAGACCUACGCAUGGGACAUCUUUUCAGACAUGAUGAGAAGUCAGCUACUAUGUACUCUCCCAAACGCUGACCUGCCCAAGCAUUUCAGUGACACUACGAGAGCUAUCUUGGUGGACUGGCUAAUUCAAGUCCAUGAAGUGUUUCAGUUCUCCGAGGAAACGUUGUAUCUGGGAGUUCACCUGUUGAAUCGAGCACUAAGGCUCGUCAAAGUGUCCAUCUCUGGCCUGCAGUUACUGGGUGUGGUUUGCCUUUUUCUGGCUGCUAAAAAAGAGGAAUGUCUGUUACCAGAGGUGUCAGAGCUCUGCUAUCUGAUGGAAAACGCCUACAGUAAGAAACAACUGCUGCGGAUGGAAAGGAGGGUUUUAACUGGGCUCAAGUUUGAUCUCUAUCACUGUCCCCCUCUUCAUUUUCUUCUCAUCUCGGCUUCCAUUGCAUGCUGCAGUGACAAGGUGGUCUGGAUGGCACGAUACCUGUUGGAGCUCUCGCUGUUGGAGGGGCAGUGUGUGGUGUAUCUGCCCGCCCAGCUGGCAAGUGCUGCCCUCCGUCUGGCCCGCAGGAUCCUGCAGGAGGCACCCUCUCCUGAUGGAGAAAUGGCCUGGUGCAUUGCCUCUAGUAUCCACAUAGGAAGCGAAGCAACUCUCCUCAGUAUAGUGCAGAUCAUGGCCACGGCCGCAGCGAGAGCACAUGCUCGUGAGACCCGUGCCACUUUCAUCAAGUUCUCCACUAUACAAACCCUUCAUGUCAGCAUGCACCCUGCCCUGAAAGCCGCCCCUGGCCUACUGGGCCUGUCGUGCCCUCCGACGUGAUGCUCUCUAAACACCAGUGAGGAGGCCAAAUGGAGCUGGAAAUGUUCAGGACGGCUGCAUAGCACUGCUACUCUAGGGAGGGAAAGAAAUGCUGAAUAUGGCCAGUCAGGAGGAUUGUGUUGCACUGGACAUCAAUGAACAUUAAAAUGCCUCUGUUGGAGAGCUGAAAACUCAAUUUGUACUGAAUUGUUUUCUGUAACUUUUUAUAGUAGUCUUAAGUCAUUGGAUGUAAAAGGAUAAAGAAAAAGUGUAUUUAUGUAUUUUGUAGCUUUUAAGUGUUUAUCAAUGCUAUGGUGAAAAAUGUAUAUACUGGAAUAUGGUGUCUUAUGAAAUUAAAGCACUUUGAAACAUGUAGUUUUUAAGUGUUUUUGCAAAUUUGGGAUUUCCAAGUAUAUUUUAAGAUUGUGAAAAAUAAAAAUGAUCUGUCUUCACAA